UGAGAGUGGUGAUGAUGGAGUGUGCAAUUCCGGGAAAGUUGCUUUGUGCUUCAACUUCAAGACUCUGGAAUCCAAGGCCGAGGAAGGUAGUGUUGAGCAGAAGAAGAAACACGGGACGACUGAGUGCCCACAACAACAACUUGUGCAGCUCCUCUAAAUUCAAGAUUAAAGCUCACACAUCACAGGUCGGCAUUGCAAAGCCAACAAAUUUGACUGAUUCUGAUAUUCAGGGAUUUGUUUGGCCUUCUCCAACAGAUGAAAUCCCAUUUUGGAAGAAGGAGUUCCCUUCUUGGGAUGCAAACUUGGAACUUACCUCUGAACAAACCAAGGAUUCCAAACUCAUGCACAUUGUUCAUGUUACAGCUGAAAUGGCACCAAUAGCGAAAGUUGGUGGUCUUGGUGAUGUUGUAACUGGACUUGCUCGAGCAUGUUUAUCUCGUGGCCACACAGUGCAUAUCAUGCUUCCUUUCUAUGAGUGUAUCCAGAAGCAUCAAAUCAAUGACUUGACGUUAAUCACAACAUAUAACUCUUAUCAUGAUGGAAACUGGAUCCCCAUUAAUGCAUAUCAUGGGGUAGUUUCAGGAAUCCCAGUUAUAUUUCUUGAACCAUCCUGUCAGUUCUUUAAGGGACAUCAGGUGUAUGGGGGUUCAUACAAUGAGCUGGAGGCAUAUAUGUUCUUUAGUCGUGCUUGCCUUGAAUGGAUGCAGGUGACUGGAACACAACCUGAUAUCAUACAUGUCCAUGAGUGGCAGGCUGGUGCUUUACCCAUACUUUAUUGGGACAUGUAUCAUCAUCUUUCACUUAAGAAGCCGAGAAUAGUAUUGACAAUCCAUAACAUGGAGCACUAUGGUGAAUGUAGACAAGAGCAACUUAGCAUGUGUGGUCUUGAUGGAUCCCUCUAUGCAACCUUUGACAAGGCAGUUGAUGAUCGAACUGUUGGUCACAAUCCCGAACGGUUAAGCUUAUUGAAAGGUGGAAUUGUCUACAGCAAUGCAGUAGUCACAGUUUCUCCAACAUAUCUCAAAGAGACACUCUGCUCUGGAUGGCUUUCAAGUACUUUGAUGAGAAAUCGUGAUAAGUACUUUGGUAUAGUAAAUGGAAUAGACACUAUGAUGUGGAACCCUUCUACUGAUGUUUUCUUGCCUUCGAAAUUCAAUGUUAAAAACUCUGAGGGCAAGAAGUUAUGCAAAUACUAUGUUCAAAGGGGACUUGGUUUGGCCUCAGGCAACCACGUGACAGAUACUACUCUCAAGGUGCCUUUGGUUGUCUGUAUUACUCGCUUAGUUGCACAAAAGGGUCUUCAUUUGAUUACUCAUGCAAUCAAGCAAGUUGAAGAACUAGGUGGACAGAUGGUUGUACUGGGAAAAGCCCCGGAUCACCGGGUUGAAAGAGAAUUUGAAGACCUUGCAGAUUCGCUUAACCAAGGUCCUAGCAUUCGGAUUUUAUUGAUGUAUAGUGAGGAGCUAUCCCACUUACUUUAUGCUGCUGCAGACAUUGUUCUAGUUCCUUCCAUGUAUGAGCCAUGUGGACUGGCCCAAAUGAUUGGCAUGCGUUAUGGGGCAGUCCCAGUAGUUAGAAAGACUGGCGGUCUUGCAGAUACAGUCUUUGACAUGGAUGAUGAGUCAAACCAUGAGAUGGCAAAUGGGUUUGUUUUUGAAGGAAUGGAUGAAGCUUCCCUGAAUUGUGCUCUAGAUCGUGCAUUUACUUGCUAUAGAAACAAGCCAGGAGAAUGGAAUUGCAUUGUUAAGAAGGUAAUGAAGAUGGAUAAUAGCUGGAACAACACAGCUCGCAAGUACAUUGAGAUUUAUGAAUCAGUUACAGCAUCAUGAUGACAAGUUGCUGAGAGAAAAUUUCAUAUGCAUGUUUAGCUACAGAAGCUUCAUUGCCGAAUCCUUCAUGGUCUUAAGCUUUAUGGGGUGAACCCAGCUCAUGAUGCCAUCAGAAUCAAAUCCUUCACGUUCUUCGGCUCAAUGGGGUGAACUUAGAUUCAUAGUGCCGUAAAGACUGGGUAUAGAGGACAGAUCAAUGAACUUUAUAACCAAUUAUGUUGCACUUGUAACUUUGUAAGUUUAACUUGCAUAUCUACUAUCUAGAUGUACACCAGUUGGUGUUGUAUAUUAGAGAAAAAGUUCCACAAUAUGACGACCCAGCAGAUACUGUCCAACUAAAACAAUUGUCCAGGUUCCGAGUUCCAGUUGCAGAUAGACCCAUUAAAGUGUUCUUAUAAGAGCCAAUUAUGACCAACCCACAAAUUUGAAUUAUAGAAACUUGGAUGUGAGAACAGAAUUGAAAAGA